AUGGCUGUCAGCACUUUGCGCGGUGACUUUUUCAAACAAUAUGUCUUCCCAAACAAACCCGAGCGCGAUUUCGAACAAGCUGGCAUUCUGGCCCAGUUCGCAUCAGGCCACCCAAAAGACUGGCCACAAGCUUAUCAUGUCAUUGAUUACAGCCUCAAUAUACCACUAGAGAAAGAAGUUCCUCUCAAAACCAGUCAUACCGACGUGAGCUCUGAUGGGAAACUGUUAGCCAUCAGCACGAGUGCAGACCGUAUUUUGAUUUACGACAUCGUGUCGCGGGACCUACGAGUCGUCCUAGAAGGUGCUGGGAUUGUGAGAUUUCGACCCUGGAAGGCCGCCGACAACAGAAAUGCAGCCUCGCAAAGCACUGGUGACAACGCGAUGAGACCUGGUUAUACCCUCGUGUGUUCGGUUGCGUGCGGAGAAGAGCGCUACAAAAGAAAGCUCCCUCAGCUCAUGUUUUGGGAGUUGGAUCAUCAUGGCCGUCUCCUUGACCAGGAGGAAGCAAUUGAUUCUGCUGCACUUGCCAAGCAAGCGAUAGAUGCAAUCAUCCCCGCCCUCACAACAAACCAUGAAUGGACUAAAGAUUUCAUCGAUGCCUCAAACCUACACAAAGAGUUCACCAAAGCACUCAGCGAAGCAGCAAUCAACCACCGUAGGCGCCACAACAACGUCAUCAAGGACGCCCUGAUUGGGGGUUAUGAAUCAGUUCCGUUCACCAGCGACGGUAGGCUGUUGUUGUAUCACGCCAAUAAUGAAUCAACUCAACGAGGUAAGCGGAAGCCGGAAGAACUACCUCUGUUAGUCAUCUACGAUGUGGACGCAGGUGUCGAACUUCAUCGCCUCAUGGGCCAUACAAACAUCAUAUCGUGGUCUGCGAUCAGCCCUGACAACACAUACGCCGCUUCCGUAUCUUGGGACGGAUCUCUGCGCAUGUAUUCUGUGUCUACUGGCGAACUUGUGUGGGCUACAGAGAAAAAUAACAUGCAAAGCUGGGCUGGGGCAUUCUCGCCUGAUUCAAAGUUCAUUAUUUGCGCACGCCACCAAGGCGGUCGAGUCGUGCAGUGGCAUCCCACGAGAUCACAAAUUGCACUUUGCGUUGAGAGGAAUGUCUACGUUUGGGAUCCGUUUGACGGCCCAGAUGGCAAGAUUCUUCAGCACUUGAAGUUGGAUGAUAACAAAACCUGGCGCUACUUAGCUGGGAUUCAAGCUGUGGGAUGGAUGAAAGAAGGAAACCUUCUCUAUGUCGAAUCAGUGCAGGGUACCAAACUCGUCUACGACGUGCACAGCAAUACCAAGGAGUUGUUUAACCGACCUCUUGGUGUGGAGGGCGGGUGUGUGGAGGGCGGGUUUUACGGGGUCUUUCAAGAUGACAUGGAACAAGAAUUCUACCUGAGUAUCGAUGGAGAUGGAAAGGUCCGGUACUUUCGAACAAGCGUUGCUGCAUCGCUGUCAUGGUGGGAGAAGACUCCGGUAAUCGCAGCAAAGAAGCCAUAUCCUGAAACAGGGAAGUAUGUGAAGAUUGUAAGGUUGCCUAGGAAAGAGACGAAGCAAGAGGAUAUUGGACGAGAGAAGCAGACUGAAGAUUGA